GGCACCUGUACUUGCCCAGGGUUGCAUCGCGGGGUGUAUGGAGAGAGUCGGGGUCCCUGGGCGGCGGCUCUGGGUUCACCUCCCGGCCUGCCGCAUCUUGCCCCUGCUGCUGAGCCCAACAGCCUAGCCGAUCCGCGGGUCCUGCCAGAUGUCACAAAGUCCGCCCAGCAGUGCCCGGGAAGGGUGACUUAAGUGUCUUGGGCGCCCCGCGAGCUGCCAACCGCUCCUUCGCUCGCGACCCCACCGCGCCGAACUUUUCCCCAGCACCUCCUGCCGUUCUUUCCCUACUGGCUCUUUGUACUUGCCGCUCUCCUCCUUUGACACUUCACCCACUUCAGGCUGGUGCCUCCUGGAUUUUAAUUGAGGUCUCGCCUCCCCCGGGAAGCCUUCCGUAGAGCCGCUGGACUCUACUACCUGGCAGAACUGAUAGAAGAAUACACAAUGGCCACCAGCAGAAUCAUAAAAUACAUGAUCUGGUUCUCCACAGCUGUGCUGAUUGGCCUCUACGUCUUUGAGCGCUUUCCCACCAGCAUGAUCGGUGUGGGCCUAUUCACCAACCUCGUCUACUUUGGCCUCCUGCAGACCUUCCCCUUCAUCAUGCUGACUUCACCUAAUUUCAUCCUGUCGUGUGGAUUAGUGGUGGUGAAUCAUUAUUUAGCGUUUCAGUUUUUUGCAGAAGAAUAUUAUCCUUUCUCAGAGGUCCUGGCCUAUUUCACUUUCUGCUUGUGGAUAAUCCCGUUUGCAUUCUUUGUGUCACUUUCGGCUGGGGAGAAUGUCCUGCCCUCCACCAUGCAGCCAGGAGAUGACGUGGUCUCCAAUUACUUCACCAAAGGCAAGCGGGGAAAACGCUUAGGGAUCCUGGUUGUUUUCUCCUUCAUCAAAGAGGCCAUUCUACCCAGUCGUCAGAAGAUAUACUGACCCCUUUGGGGAGGGAAUGUGGGGCAAGAUCAGCACUCAGGCCCCUGCGCCUCUGUGCUAGGUAGGGGCCAAGAGCCUGGAAGACACCUUCCACCAGCCUUGCUUCCCUUCCCUUGGUCCUGAAGCCCCAUCCUCACCCUCCUUGGGGGCUCAGCUUGGCUUUGAUCUGAUAUUGCCAGGGGCUGUAACCUCACAGGGGACCAGGGAGGUGGCAAAGCCUGCUUAGCCAGGUGUCCUAGUUCCCAAGCCUCCUCUCCCCCUCCUGAGGUGGAUUGGGAGUUUCAGGCUCAGACGGGGGAGGCAGGGCAGGGUCCAUGAAGCUGGAGAAUAGCCGGUGACAAGUUCCCUGGGCAGGUGACUGUAGGGAGGGGACAUAGCUUGGCACUUCCAAGACAAAUGGUUUUCGCUAUUUAACUGUGAUUUUUGUCCAAUUGCUGAUUCCCGUUUGAAUAAAGAUUCUAGGUGGCACUGUUUGCCUUAAUACCCCAAAAGUUCAUCUUCCUUCUUCCUGCUUUCUGCCUGGAGUGGACUAGCUUCCUGCUCCAGGGACUCCUCUCCUCGGUCUGAGUCUUGCCCUUCUCAAAGGACUUGUCCUUAGUGGGAGGGGGCAGAGAUGAGCAGAGCUUGGGUGUGAUGUGGGAGGCGGGGGGGGGGCAGCAGUGGCCUUUCUUAUGCACCUCCCUCUUCCAUCUCUUCUUUCCCCCAGGCUCUUUGGCUGUCACGCUGGAAGUAGGAGAGGAGACAGUUAAGGAUUGGGUUAGAUUUUCAGAAGAUCAUCUACAGUAUUCUAUUUAUAAGUCUUCCUCUGAGGGAGAGGAAUGAUUUCUGGCUGAAUUCUAUCUCAGGCUUAAAAAAAAAAAAAAAAAAAGGCUUCCAGGCAGCCUGGGUCUAGACUGUUUUCUAUGAAAUGAGGUUGGUGAGAGAGGCUAUUUGUCACUCUAAGAGCACACAAGGUCUGUCACUCUGUUCUGUGUGCUCCUGGCUCCUGGGGAGAUGAUCUCUGCCUUCCAAGAAGGCAGGCCAGGGCUCAGGCACAGACCAGCAUUUGUUGACCUUGCACUCCAACUCUAGUGCCUUGCAAGUACUCAACAGUACAUAGUGGAAUGGCGUCCUCUUGAGAGCCAUCACUGGCCAUGUCCUAUACCUCACAGUGAGGCUGGCAGGUGCAGGAUGCACUACACACCUGUGGCACCUUAAGUCACCGGGAAGACCUCGUGCUUGAACAUCUGUAAAUCAUGCCUGAGAUCCCAUCAUAGCCCUUUAUUUCCUUGGCUUUAGCAUUUCUGUUCUCUUGAGGAUACCUGCCUAACCCUCCCUGGGAGGACCAGCACAUUUGGUCUUUGGAUGCAAGUGAGAUUGCUAGCCCUGUUCUGCUAUGCUAUGCUGUGCAGACCAAGUAGAGGACAUGAGGCUAGUGUCCUCACCAAGGUUGUCAGCUGGGCCCUAGUGUCCCUUGCUGUCGAUUUCAUUCCUCACCCUGAUGAGGUGGCUUUGCCCCCGUGUUCACUCUCCUGCUGGUCAGUGCUCUCUCAGGGUUGGCAGGUGGCCUUCACAUGCUAAAUCCAGCAGAUUCUCCAGACUAUCCUGCCAGAUCUCAGCAGCAGCUGACAUGUUUAUCCUGCUUGUUUCUCGAAUUGUGCUUCCCUGGCUCUUCUGUGGCACUGGUUGUCCCUCUGUCUCUCUAGCUGCUCCUUUCAGUCUCCUUUUCUUUGGCUUCUCUGCUUACUCCAUGCACUAGGGCCUCUCAGGGUUAUGUUGUGGGCUCCCUGGAAACCCCAUCCAUGCGGAUGGCUUCAGGGACUCUGCUGCAGAACCAAGUGUUCACUGGUAGCCGCAGCAUCCCUCCUGAUCUGAAUCACGGUCCUGCUGUCUUCUGGGUCCAUAGACAACUCAGAUUCAUGGUAGUCCUCUGUAAACCUGCCUGCCUCAUUCGGGUACCUACCUAGGCUGUUACACCACUCAGGAGACAAGAACCUUGCUCUCAAGUUCCUGUUUUCUCUUUCUACCCUCAUCCAGUCUCUUAAGAACUAUCAAAUCUAUUUUUUUGACAUCUCUUAAUUUGAGCCACCCUCAUUAUCAUCAACUUUUACCUGGCUUGUUCUGAUAGCUCCCUGCUGCUUCUCUUAUCCCAUGGCCAGCCAGAGUUGUCUUUCACAAUGCAAAACUGAUCAAGUCACUCUGGCCUAGUACCUACUAUAGCUCCCUACUGCCUUUAGAAUAAAGCCCAGACCCUUCAGCAUGUGAGUCUCCGAUACCCUGGCCCCUUCUCACCUCUGGUCUCAUCUCCUCCUUGCACUUUGGGUCCUAGCCUCCUGUAGGCAGAGAUACAAUGGCUCGUUCUCACCAUUUUGAUUCCUCUUUUGCUCACUUUGGUACUUUCUCUGUCAGGUCUCAAUUUAGAUUUUUACUUCCUCUAAGGAGCUUUGAGUAUCCCUUCUCCUUCCCUAGCCCCAACACACCACACAUCACUUUGGAUUUAUCUGCCUGCUUUAUAAUCUAUCUCUCCACUAGACUGUAAGCUCCUUGAGGGCAGGGACUGUCCUUGAAUUUUUGUAUCAGCAGCGCCUGGUUUGGCACCUGGCACAUAGAAAGCACUCAAUAAAUGUUUCUUUAAUGAA